UGACUGUCUCCACUGAGUGAUGUCACAGUCCCUGGGCUGACAUCACCACACAGCCCUCAGCCCAGAGCCCAGAGCAAAGCUGAAGGGAGGCCAGGGACCUCACUGGGCUGGGCAGGUGCAGGCCACCCCCCUCCCAGUGCCCUCAGAGGCACCUAGACUCAUGUGGACCCAGCCGCAGACCCUUCUGGGCAGCUCUGCCCAGGCCAGCCCUGCCCUCUGACUUGCGGCCGCAGGGGCUGGCCACUGUGGGCUCGGUUCCCUGCCACCCCGAUUCAUCUGCACCCCAAGGAAAGAGAAUGAGGGGUUGCAGCGCCCCAGGACCCACAAGCCCCCGAACACCAGGGCAGCACAUACUUCCAGUCCCAGGGCCACAGCAGAGUGGGGCCAGGCCCAGCCCAGCGACGCAGGGCAGACGGAAGGGCGCCCUCCACAAUGGAGAGGCUCAGGAGCUGUCGCGGCUGGGACAAACCAACCUGAGGCUGACCUAGGCCGGUAAUGGGUUUAAUGCAUCGGGUGCAAAAGAGAAACACCCCACAAAUCAGGGAGGAGAGGGAAGCCGCCCACCCCAUGGGACGAGGCUGAGGAGUGAACGCCAGGGACGGGCAGGGCCGGUCCUCAGAGCACUGCAGACACCAGACCAAGGGCGACUGUCAUCACCAUGAGAAGGCCCCAUCCACAGCAGAAGCCAACCUCACUGCACCGACUGCACCAGAGACGCCCACAAGGAGAGCUGGCCUCCGAGAACGCAGCUGAACCGUCACAGGCUGCCAUCAGCAAAGGCAAGGAUCCAGAUUAUGCAAAUGGAGGCAAGGGUGCCAUGGACUCCAGAGCUUCAGACGCCAUCAACAAAUGCAAAGUGGACACAUCUGCAUCAAAUCCAACACAAAGACGGCCUUCGAGACUCUGGGGGAAUCUCGCUCUGCCACCCAGACUGGAAUGCCUUCUCCCCUCAUCGUGUGGGAGCUGCCAGGCGAUGUCCCACCCCGGUUUCCCUCCACCCGAAGGCAGUCACCUCGAAGUGAGGCCUUCGAACGAAGGCCUGCCUCUGUGAUGAUCCCCACGAGGGCUGCAGAGUGAAGGGCACAGUGGGAUUCGGCCUAAUUCCCCGUGGAGCCCCAGGCAAGAGGGCUUGGUCCUGGGGAGCUGCCCAGGUCUUCUACAUCCCCUGGCCUCCAUCCAGUCCUGCAGGACUCGGCUCCUGGCCCUGUGUGCCGGGCGACGCCUGCUAGGCGCGUGCCCCUCAGAGUCAGGCCUGUAUUCACCUCAGCUCUUAUCAAGGGCCUUCAAGGAUUGGGUUAAGUCAUCAUCAAAUAUAUUGUUAUUAAAAAGAUAGGUACAGUUUA